AUGGCAGAUCGCAUCAGCCACAACCGACUUCGGGCCAAGGGCCUGGGCCAGCACAACAACGCAGAGGUCUUCCGAAACCAGAAUUUCGAGGAGCUGCAGACUGCCUGUCUGAAGACGGGGAUGCUGUUCGAGGACCCCUUGUUCCCGGCAGACGCCACAUCGCUGGGCUUCAAGGAUCUGGGGCCCAAGUCCAGUAAGGUGCAGAACAUCAUCUGGCACCGGCCCAAGGAAAUCACAAGAAACCCGCAGUUCAUUGUGGACGGAGCCACGCAGACAGACAUCUGCCAGGGCAGCCUUGGGGACUGCUGGUUGCUGGCUGCCAUCGGCUCCCUCACCAUCAACCCCAGGCUGCUGAACCGCGUCGUGCCCAAGGGGCAGAGCUUCAAGAAGAACUACGCCGGCAUCUUCCACUUUCAGAUUUGGCAGUUCGGCCAGUGGAUGGACGUGGUAGUGGAUGACCGAUUGCCCACCAAAAAUAACAAGCUGACUUUCCUGCACUCCGCUGAGGCUACGGAGUUCUGGAGCGCACUGCUGGAGAAGGCCUAUGCCAAGCUGAACGGAUCCUACGAAGCACUAAUAGGGGGCAGCACCGCGGAAGGCUUUGAGGACUUCACUGGGGGCGUGGCCCAGAGCUUCCAACUGCAGACGCCCUCCCAGAACCUGCGGAGGCUCAUUAGGAAGGCCCUGGACCUGUCUUCUCUCAUGGGCUGCUCCAUCGAAGUAAACAGCGGCGAAGUCAUGGAAUCCAUGACCAAGAGGAAUCUGGUGCGAGGACACGCUUAUUCAGUGACCGGCCUUUAUGAUGUCUUCCACCACGGUACCAUGAAAACACUGAUUCGUCUCCGGAACCCCUGGGGCCAAAAGGAGUGGACUGGGGCCUGGAGUGACAACUCCAGGGAGUGGUUUGAGGUGCCACCCGACAUCCGGAAGCAGCUGUGGCAAAGGAAGGAGGAUGGGGAGUUCUGGAUGGCGUUCCAGGACUUCCAGAAUAACUACACCCUGCUGGACAUCUGCAACCUGACGCCGGACGCCUUCUCCGGGGACAGCAAGAGCUGCUGGCACACCUCCCACUAUGAGGGCAGCUGGAGGCGGGGCAGCACCGCGGGCGGCUGCAGGGACUACAUGGACACCUUCUGGGCCAACUCGCAGUUCAAGAUCAGCCUCGUGGAGCGGGACGACCCGGAGGACAGCGAGGCCAUGUGCACCUGCCUGGUGGCCCUGAUGCAGAAGCACAUGCGGCGGCGGCGGCGGUUCAGUGACCUGGAGACCAUCGGCUUCGUCAUCUUCUCGGUGGGUCUGCCUUUACCAUCUGCAGAAAGUGGGGACCCUUACCAGCAGGUAACGGUACCCCGUCAGCUCUGGGCAUGGACCUAUGCCCCCCACUCCACCCCGGGCACCCUGUACCCACCUCCAGGGCACAUACAGUUUCAGAACAUCAAGAACAUCCACCUGAAGAAGGAGUUCUUCCAGAAAUACCAGGACCAUGGCUUCUCAGAAAUCUUCUCCCAGUCGCGGGAGGUGAGCAGCCAGCUGCAGCUGUCCCCCGGAGAAUACAUCAUCAUCCCCUCCACCUACCACCAGAACAAGGAGGCCGACUUCCUGCUGCGCGUCUUCACGGAGAAGCACAGCGAGUCCUGUGAACUGGAUGAAAUCAACUGUGCCGAGCUACUUGAAGAUGACAAGGCCUCUGUGGCGAGCUUGAACCAGGAGUUCCUGAAUCUGUUUGAGGUGGUGUCAGGACAGGACAAAGAGAUGGAUGUGUAUGAACUACAGAAGCUGCUCAACAGAGUCCUCUUCAAUCUCCAAGAGCUCAAGCUCAGGAUAUUCCCCUUGGACGCCUGCCGCUGUAUGAUCAACCUCAUGGAUAAGGAUGGCUCGGGCAAGCUGGAUCUGCCGGAGUUCCAGGUCCUGUGGAGGAAUAUCAAGAAGUGGACGGACAUCUUCCGGGAGUGUGAUCAGGACCGGUCUGGCACCCUGAACUCCUACGAGAUCCGCCUGGUGUUUGAGAAAGCAGGCGUGAAGCUCAGCAACAAGGUGAUGCAGGUGCUGGUGGCCAGGUACGCCGAUGAGAACAAGCUCAUGGCCUUCGACGGCUUCCUCAUCUGUGCCCUGAAGCUGAGGGCCAUGUUCUCCUACUUCCUCGACAACGACCCCAAGAACACUGGAUCUAUUAGCUUGAGCCUGAACAAGUGGCUGAAGAUAAACCUCUGGGGGUAGAGCGGCUCCCAGAGGCUGGCUUCCCUGCCCCCUCCACCAUCCAGCAAGCAGCGAUGGCCUCCAGUCUCUGCUGAUGGAAGGGGCUCCGGGGAGGGGCGCAUCACCUUAACACCAGCAGGGGGACCUACAAGCCCACCCUCCCAGCCUCCAGGGUUUCCCUUUCCCUCUGCCCGCCCCCCCCUCCCCCA